AUGGGCACCGAUAACGAGUGGCAAGACGCAGCCAAGUUCCUCACCGGCUUCUCUUCUGUUGGCAGCGUUGCCAUUCCCUUCAUCCUGCACCACGGUCACCUUAUAACCCUCGGAGCCACGCUCUUCACCCUUGCGGCCUUCAUUGUGCUCAGCGGCACUCUAGUCCUCUUUAUCCGGGUGUCUAUGGAUGAUGGCCCCUCCUGGAGUGGGUAUUAG